AGCGUACAAUCCCCACCCUGCACAUCAAUACAACCACGACUUCUCAGACAUGGCGUCAGCUUCAGACAAAGCGCGAUUCUACCUGGAGCAGACGGUUCCGGAGCUGCGAAAGCUUGAACGAAAAGGCAUAUUCAGCAAGGAAGAGAUCACUUCGAUCGUAAAAAAACGUUCCGACUUCGAGCAUAAGCUGAAUACGCGCGCUGUAUCCUCACCUUCUGACUAUGCACGAUAUGCGGAAUACGAACUCAAUCUCGAAGCCCUCACCCAAAAGCGCGCAAAGCGUAUGGGCGCAAAGAUAUCUGGACACAAAGGGCAGCAACGGAUAUUUUUCAUACUUGAGCGCGGGACGCGCAAGUUCUACGCAGACACCAGCUUAUGGAUGCAGUAUAUCGAAUACACCAAAAAGCAAAAGGCAUACAAGAAAUUGGAACGAAUCUUUACAGACGUGCUGCGAUUGCAUCCAACGAAGCCGCAACUAUGGAUUUCUGCCGCGCGAUUCGCAAUGGACGAGAAUGCUGAUAUGCAAGCUGCUAGAGGACAUAUGCAGCGAGGUCUUAGAUUCUGCAAGAAGUGCAAGAAUAUAUGGUUGGAAUACGCUAAACUGGAGAUGAUCUACAUUGCGAAAAUCGCAGCUCGACGGCAUGUGCUUGGUCUCGGCGAGGACAGGAAGCAGGAGGCUGAAGUGGAAGAUCAAGUCGCAACGGCGCCAGGGGAUGAUGUCAAUCUAGACAUGCCGCAAGAAACUGCACUUGACGAAAAGGCCUUACAAGACCUAUCAAACACACCUGCCAUGACGGGCGCCAUACCCAUGGCUAUAUUCGAUGCAGCGAUGAUUGAAUUCGAACAGGACAUCGAGCUAGCGGAAAGCUUCUUCGACAUGUUUGCUGAAUUCGAUCAGAUCGCAAACCUCAAAAAUAUACUGCAACAUGUACUGGACUACCUGGAAGCUUCCGCGCCACAGUCAGUUUCGCAUGCUACUUCGGCUGCCAAGUUUGUGCUUGUAGGCUGCCAGCCUGACUCUCCUGACUUUCCCAUUGCACUCGGGGAAUGCUUGCGGCUGCUGAAACUGGCCUCAACAUCGACCUCGUCACCUGGAUCGGUGGCAAGGAGAGCGAUCCUAUGCCUCGUUCGACUACUGCGGCACGAGGACUUGGAUGCUGCAGUCCGCAAAGUAAUUACGGCGUCGAUCCGACAGCAGUGUCAACUUCUGACGAGUGUAGACUCAUCUACUUCGCGCAGACGGUCAUCAAGGUGA